CACUCCAAGUAUAAAUGACGCAGCGCGAACAUAUAUCACCAAAGUUUUUACGCUCUCGAUCAUGACACGUCGUGGUUCUUUCAUUCAGAUAUGCGCCUAUCUCGCGUUCGUCGUCACGGUCACAAUCGGCCAAGACGAAUGCGAUAAAACGAAAUGUCCGGGCCCAUUGGCGUAUUACGAAGCUCUCGGUUGCAAACCCGUGUACGAAAAAGAGAAUGAUUGUUGCGCGACGAAAUACAAUUGUAAUCAUCUGAAAGAGAGAUCCAAGACCAAGUGUUACGUCAACGGUAAAGAAUACGAAAUCGGAGAAUCUCUCAAAGAGGAGGAUGCAAAUCCUUGUGACAUCGCCUGCACUUGCACAAGCGGAUAUGACGGAAUUGCCGCAUUUAAUUGCGCCGUAGUCGAUUGUUGGUUUGGACUCGUACACCCUGGUUGCUAUAGAAAACGUUCUCCGUUAAGUUGUUGUCCCCUGGAGCAAAUUUGUCAGAGUCCUGAAGAAAGGCCUACCUGUAACGUAAACGGAAAGAUAUACAAAGACGGAGAAUACUUCAAUGUAGAAAGUGAUCCAGAUUUAAAUUGCAUAUGUCAAGAAGGAUAUAAGGGGGAAAAUGUCGAACCUUUCUGCGCGAAACAUAAACGUCCAUAUUGCAGUCCUGAUUUUCGUGAUGCAAGCAACAUUUUUAAUAAAUGCGCUCCAGUUUAUUAUUCCAGUCAACCACCACAGACCAGUUGUAGCGUAUUUUCGAGAUGUCAAAAUGCUAAUGAUACUAUCAUUCACAACGAGGAUAAUGGAAAAUCUGCUAACAAAACUUCUAAUGAUGACCACGUUUGCGAUUUCGGUAACAUGACUAUGCAUCUCGGUGAUGAGCUGAAUCAAGCUACAGAUUAUAGCUCCGUAUGUGUUAAGUGCGUUUGCGAAGUACCGCCUGUACCCACCUGUCAGCGUUUGCCGGAUAAUGAAUGCGAUGUCACAAAGCAUCCGCCAUUCCAUAGUUUUUAAUCCUUUCAAAAUCUGUGAUAAUAAGAUUACUUGCGUAAUUAAACUUAGACUUGCCUACUAAAUUAAUGCAUAAAAGAUAUAAUAAAUCUU